UGGUAAAAUAACAUUUUCACUGCUGGACGGUGAUAAUUUUAAAUAUAAUGAAUGACAUACGUUGAGAAUCCGUUUACUAAAUUUGGAUGUUUUACUGUAUGUUAUUAACCGAUGGACACGUUGGAAAUAUUAGAAAAUUGUUUCCAAUAUAUUUCAUCACUUUUAACAUAAUACGACUACGUUUUCUUGAUUGGUAGUUGAGGCAUGAUCGGACCAAGUUAAAACUUCUAUAGGUGUCUUUUGUAGGCAGACUAAAAGUUCAUUAACGAAUCUUUGUGUUUAAGUUAUAACCUAAGAUAAGUGAAAAGGAAUGGUGCGAUGCUUAAGCUAUCAUAAAGAUCUAAUGACUUUGCACGGUAACUGUCGAUUCUUAGAUCACGGAAAAUGAUUUAUUGCAAAUGACAUUCUAGCGUGAUGCAACAGAUUGAUGGUAGUUAUAUACAUAUUGUUUUCUAAAUGACGAUAAUUUGAAACUUAGAAGUGACAAACUAGAUUCCUUGAGUACGAUAACGGGGAUUGCCGAACUGUUAAUAACUCAUUUAGUAAAUAUAGUCUUACCAUACAGAAAUGUUUUCGCCAAUAAUGAUAAUCACAACUUACUUUUGAAAAAAAAACAUCUGUCAAAAUUUCAUGUGAAAUAAACUAACUGAAGUUCAAAAUGGAGAACAAUUCGACAGUGGACUUUUAUUACAGGGCUAACAAUUACCCAGCUGGCUUUUGGAUUUAUGGAGUAAUUUGUCCGAUUAUAUCUGCUUUUACGCUGAUUUUUAAUAUGCUUGUAAUUGUAGUUUUUCUUAAGCGUAAAAUGCGAUCGCCAACCUCAGCGCUGUUAAUUGGGUUGGCGGUUUCGGAUAUUCUUGCAGCCAACGUGAUAAAUAUAGCGUUUGUUUACGUUCAUGGAUUUCUUGACGUUACCAAACCUCUACCGUAUCCAAUGUGCAUUAUUUACAAUGUAACGUCAAAGUUAGCACCAUCAUUUCACACCACUUCUGUUUGGAUUACAACUGCACUCGGAAUUCAGAGGUUUAUCAUUGUUGCUUUUCCGAUGCAGGGGCCUAGAUUUUGUUCAAUAAGAACGAGCACUGUUAUAAUAAUAGGUACGUACGUUCUUUCAUUCUUAAUGUAUAUUCCGUCAUUUUUACAAGGGCGGUUUGAUCCGGUCACAAUUCUUGAUGAAAGUGGGAAUGAAAUUACCGUCUGCAACUGUACGAGAGGACAAGAGAUCCUUUCAAUUAAUAAACUUCAAAACGUACUAAGAAGUGUUUUCGGACAACUCGUGCCGUGUGCAAUACUAUUCUUAACCACGCUUCUUUUGUCUAGAAAACUGAAACUGGAAACCAAGAGAAUUCUUCAACUACAUAAGCAUGAAAAUACAGAGACAGAAAGACGAGAUUUCAGACAGAUUCGGAGAACCUCUCAGAUGAUUAUUGUUUUGGUCUCAAUUUUCUUAUUCGUUGAGAUUCCAAAUGGAAUAGUAUUUGCCUUAUUUGUGUUUUAUCCUGAGCUAUUAGAAUCCAACACAGAACAGAUUCAAAUAUUAUCUAUUGUUCUAAAUCUUCUUGUAUUUAUCAUUUAUCUGAUAAAUUUCUGGAUAUAUGUUACACUAAGUCGUCAAUUUAGGAGGGAGCUAAAACUUUUAUGCGGACGAAAACUGUGUGGAUAUCGUGAGAAAAUAAAUAUUGGAAUGUCAACAACUUUCACUUCAAUACCAAUGACAUAGUAAAUAUGAGUUAAUUCAAAUGUGGUUUGUUUUUGUUACCUUUUCUUUGAGUUUAUUUGAUGAAACGUAUAUAAAAAUUUACUUAGAAAUAUU